AUGCGGAAAAGCACGGCGUCGGGUCAUGGUGUCGCGGCUGCCUUUGUUGCGUCUGGCAAAACGGACGCUGCGUCCGCGCACGGCGCUGCUGUCUCCCCAGCGUGUGGCGCGGAGCCGGCAGCGACCGUCGUCCCGCCCCGACAACCUGAGCUGUCCGCCCAGACAUUCGCGCCGGUUACCCCCGGCGCAGACGAAGUUUCGACGAAGCGCCGCUCGCGCUUGGCUGAAAGCGACUGCUCUCCUCUGCCCGCCAAUACGAUACGGACUUUGGUUCCACUCGAGUACGACGCGGAAAAGGGGAGAACUUGCGCCAACGGGGAGACAAAAAAUUCAGCGGCGAGGGCUGCGGAGAGGCGGAGAAGCUGCGGGGACGGCGGGGAGAUGGAGGAGCGAAUGCGCGCGCAACUGGCGGACGCGCGGAAGAUGGUGCGCGCGCUGGUGGGGGAACUGGCGGCGAGAGACGUUGAGGGGGAUGAUGACGUGGCAUCGGGACACGAUGACGUGGAUGCGGAGGAAGAUGACGAGGAUGGGAGAGACCAAGGGGACGAAUUUGAUCUGACCAAGGCGCUGCGGCAGGAGCGGCGGGUGGUGCGGCUGAAGCAGCAGCUGGCGCGCGCACGGGCGGAGCGGGAAUCUCUUGAGGCGAAGAUGCGCGCGGAGAGGGCGGAAUGGCGCGCGCUGGAGGCGGAAGCGCGCAGGGCGAGGGCGGGCGCGCACACCAGCGGUACCGUAAUGGAUUCCCAGGGUGAAACUAAUACUACUGGGGGGGAGGCCGGAGCUAGAAGUGCUGCUGCCGAACCUGCACGGCAGGGCGCUGGAAGAGUUGCAGGCGCAGGCGAUGGUGGCGCAGGGGGAGGUGUAUCUGGUGCAGGCGCAGCUGGAGCAGAUGCAGGCUCAGCUGCUGCGCGUGCAGGAGGAGAGGCGGAAGGAGCGGGAGAGGCAUAG